AUGGAAUUUUACUCUUCUCUCAUCUUGGUCUUUUUUCUCUUCCCACUGCAAGUAUGGUGCCAAACUGUACAGGAUGGUUGGACUGCACCCGCAGCUCCUGACGGGUCUACAUCGCUACAGAGUGGCGCCAAAUUUACACUGCUCUGGAAGUCAGAUCUCCAAAGUUCGUUCAAACCCUACUGUCCUUUGUGCGAUACCAUAAAACUCGAUCUGUGGAUCACCAACUUCAACGGGUCCAAGUACACCUCCAAGAUUGGUCGCGGCAUCGAUCUCACCACGACCUCGUCGUACGAUUGGAACGUGAACAUAGCUUCCAAUGCGUUUUCGGAAAAAGACUUCUGGGUGUUUCGCUUUACUUUCUUCGACUCUACCGACCCGUAUACACAGCAGAUCUCAUCGCCCGGAUUUAAGAUCAGUGGCCUUGUGAAAGCGUCCAGCACAGUUGCAGUCAGGUCGAGUAGUGCCACGUCCACCGUACCAACGUCCUCGAGUAUCGCCACUACUUCCACCAGUGUUGCAUCCUCGAGCUCUAGCGCACCAAAGUCUACAGAACAAACAUCUGCUCCAAGUUCAUCGUCGAAGAGCAACACCUGGAUUUCUGGAGUUGUUGUAGGGCCCCUUGCUGGGAUAGCCUUGGGUGCUGCGCUGAUGUGGGUGUGCCUACGCAAAUGCAAAAAUAAGAAGACGCAGCAAAACCAAGGAAAUGCAGAACAUGAUCGAGGUGGUUCUCGUCGACAGUAUCCGCCUGGCCAAGAUCCAAAGGGAAUGAACUCUCAAACAGUGACGAGUGAUUCUCAGCCAUGGCAACAUCAAACAGGGAACCAUGGCCGGUACAUAGCAGAGGCUCCAGGCAGCACGACUCUUACACAACCCGCAGAGUUGUGGCAGGGAAACUAUAGGCCACAGUCCUAG